AUUUUGCCUUUUUUAUUGUUUCAAUAUCCGCAUUUUCAUGGUAUCUCGGUUCAUUUUUUUAUUAUUAUUAUUUCCUUUUCUCUUUGUAUCCCUGGAUAUUAAAAAAACGGCUCCCUGAAUAUUAUUUAUUGCAUUUGCAAAAAAAAAAACAAAAAAAAAUUUAAAGAAUUCUCUCUUUUCUCUCUUUUUUUUUUAUCUCUCUAUUGUAUAAGCUAAAAAAAUAAUGACAAGCUUUCAUCAUCAGAGCGGACUGAAACGCCAAAAGAAAUUAGCAGAAGAAAUCAAGCCCAAAAGAAAGAGAAUCUCGCCUGAACAGUUUUGUCUAUUGACGCAACUAUUUCAACAAACAGAUACACCCAGUCAUGAAUUACGAGAACGUCUUGCCACCAAGUUGGAAAUGACGAAUCGUGAAGUUCAGGUGUGGUUUCAGAAUCGCCGAGCUAAAGUCAACCGUGCUCGUCUCCAGGAACAAGAGAAAAAGGUCAAAUUUAACUAUUGGUCAUCUAGUAGUAGUUCAUCCUUGUCGUCCGCUUGUACGUCGCCAUUGCCACAUGAUCUCGUAUUUCAUCCGGAUGUUACACCCAUUGAUAUUUUGGCCACGGCAGCUGCCUAUGUCCAACAAUGGGAUGAACAAGAAAAAAAGAAAAGGCAGGAAACUAAACGCUGGAGACCUUGGCUCUAAAAGAAAAACGAUGAGUAGAUACCCCCCUCCCUCCCUCCCUAGCAACCAUCCAGGUAACCUAGCAACGAGGUAACCAGGCAAUCAGGCAACCAACCAUUGUGUAUAUAACAAACCUCCUUUUUCCUCUAAAUAUAUAUAAUGGUGCAUUUUUUACAGCAUUCUCUCUUCUUUUUUUUUUUUUAUACCCCACUUCAAAUAAACUUGAUGUCAUUUUAAUUCAAA